GAACGAAGUCAGACGAGGACAGUCCAGAGCACACAGUGCGCCGAAUGACAUUACCUAGGCUUGCUCCCACCAAGGACAUUAUAUAGAGUAAAGAUGGCUGACAAGGAGGUAGAAGCAGGUCCGGAAGAAGGUAAAAGUGGUCCAAGUCCCAAUGAGAGUUCCUUACAAUCAGCAGAUCUAGAUGGAGAGAACUAUGAAGGGGAGGGCACAUCCAAAAGCUCGACUGGGCAGGAGGUAGGGGCAAGGGGCCAGGAAAGGGUAUUGACCAGAACUGCUGAAGAGAAAGAAAAAUCACGAAAAUCAGACAAGACCCACAAGGGGACAGAAGAUGAAACAGUGAACACACCCUACGAGACCAGGAUGAGAGUCAAAAGACAAAAGAUGAUGACAGAAGGAGUAGUGGAAAGCACAGAAUCUCCAACUUGCAAGGACCAAGAGUUGAUCAUAGAUGCAUCUGAGGAAGAAGAAACCAAGAGUGAGGAGGGCAGUCAAGUUGUAGACACAGCUGACAGGGAUGCUCAAGAGCAAGUGACAGAUAAAAACACAACAAACAAAGUUGUUGAAUGCCAGAGCUCACACGGAAGCGACAUAGAAGGAACAGGGUUCAGAGUAAGGGGUGCAGAUAAGAAAACAACUGAUGAUGUUGAAUGCCUAAGCUCCCGUGGAACAGAUGUAGAAGGAACAGGGUUAAAUAUGAGACAAGAAAGAGAAGAGACUGCUACAGCUGGCAACAGUGCAGGUCAGAGGAAACAGGAUGUGAAAGAUGGUGAGGUGGUGACAGAAGAAGUACCGAUUAGGAUGAGGACAAGGCUAGGUGCAGUAAGACAGGCUGAGGAGACUACAGAAGGGAGCACAACCAGCAUGGCAGACGGAAACCGGCAAGUCAGUCAAAAGGCUGAAGGAGGAGAAGUGAACUCCAGGCCCCCGUGGCGGGACGGCCGGCGUCGUCGCUGCAGAACCAAGUACUCCAGGGAACAGCUGAUGGCCAUGGAGGAACUGUUCAUGAGGAACAGGUACCCAGACAUUGUGGAGCGAGAGGACUUGGCUGAACGGAUUGCAUUGACAGAGGACAGGAUCCAGGUCUGGUUCCAGAACAGAAGAUCCCGUUGGCGUGCUCGCGAGAGAAAGUUGCAGAAGCAGCUGAGGGAAUGGCAGCCAAGUGUUCCCAGGCUGCUGCUGAACCCAACAUCCCCAGCAGCAGCAGUACCACCUCUCAGCCUGCACGCCCCCUACCAGUUCUCAUCAUUCCUGCAGCUGGGUUUCCCUUGAUGCAGCAGUACUU